CGAGUACUGCCAUAUGGAUGAUAUUCACAUCAAAAUAGUUAAAUCCCAUAUUGAUUUAAUCUUUCAUUGUUUUAGAACAAUUUUAUAAGUCAAAUACAAUGGAGAUGUCAUGAAUGAUAAAUGAUUCUGUUUGCUUGGUUGGCUCCUAUCAAACAGAAGCCGGUGAAUUUUCUAAUUAACAAAACUAAAAGAUAAGUGGUAUUUUAAUACAGUAACAUGGGGUCCUAGCUUAUAAAAUGACUAACAUGGGAAACAACUAGGGAAUGUAUUUGCAUAGUAAAUGUAUUUUUGCCUUGUUGUCAACCAUCAAUGUUUAAUUGAUGGCUUGAAAUUAAUUAAGUAACCAGUUGAUCUUAAACCUCAAUGAUGAGGCAAGUCGACGUCUAACAUGAUAACAGUUUCAGUAUAAUUCGAGAGGGUACAGAUCAGAACUCCACAUGCACUUGGGGAACUCAACGCUUCUCUCUUUCUCUACAAACUCUGCUUAAGGAAGGAACGAGAGGGAGGACUCAACGGUUUUUGGUUUUGCUUGUUUCUGGUUCCUUGUGUUAAAUCAUUUUUGUAAUGGUGAACCUCAAAGAUCAUGACAUGGGAGAAGGGAUGCAAUGCUUAAAACAUCCUUAUACAAAGAACCUUGGUGGGAUAUGUGCAUUGUGUCUCCAAGACAAACUCGGUAAGCUCGUCACCUCCUCUUUCCCUCUCUCUAAACCUAACCACCCUUCUUCUUCCUCCUCUUCCUCUUCUUCGGCUAAUCUUAUCUACAAGAGAAGCAAGUCGAUGGCUGCUUCUUACGGUGAGAGUUUCAGCCAGAGGAAACGAAGUGGGUUCUGGUCGUUUCUUCAUCUCUACUCUUCCAAACCCCAAGUCACCACCAAAAAAGUCGACAACUCUAGCCAUUCUUCGAGACCAAGAAACCAGAUCGAUAAGGAGAAGCACCAGACAACAGAGACAUCGAAGCAGGUCGUUGGUGGGGGCAUUGAUGUGAUAGUUGAGAGCCCUUGUAACAAAGAGGUUGCAGAAACGCCAACAAACGAUGUUGGUAGUGGUGGUGGAUCGUCUUUUGGGAGGAAAGUGUUGAGGUCAAGAUCUGUCGGGUGUGGAAACAGAAGCUUCUCCAGUGGGUUAGGAGAUUGUGCCUUGAGAAGGACUGAGUCACAGAGAGAACACACGAAGGUUAUUAGUAAUGGUGGUUGUGAAGCAGCUGAUGGGAUGAGUGAAAUGGUGAAAUGUGGUGGUAUCUUUGGAGGGUUUAUGAUCAUGACACCAUCAUCAGCAACUUCAACAUCAUCAACAGUUAAUCAUCAUCAUAAACAUAAGAUGGCGAAUAGGAGCGCAUGGGGAUGGGCAAGUCCAAUGAGAGCCAAGACUACUCAUAGAGGUCACAAAAACACAACUCCAAACUUGGACUCAAUUCCUUCGUUGGUUACUAUGAAAAGCUAAAAGAGAUACAUUAUAAGUACUUUUAAUGUCUGGAUUAUAUUACAUUCAUGUGUUUAUUAGUUAGCCUGUUCUUUAAUCAUUGGUUUGAUCUUUUGAGUACAACUAUUAAUGUAAUGUCAUCCUUUUUCAUUUCUAUGUUUAGCCUAUUGGCUAUAAUGUUGUUGAUCAUCAUCAUCAUCGAUUCACCAUAAAAGCUUGAAAUCUUUAGGAGAAUGAGCUUAUGAUACUUGCUGCUUUGUCUUAUAUUGUUUUUAUGAUUAUUUUCUUGUUAAUGGAUUAUUAUUAUUUAUCAAAACUAUUUCUCUUGGGUGUCACUUAAACCAGAUGUGUUGUUACUUAUAGUAGUAGUACUAUUAUAAAUACUAACAAAUUCCACUUGAAAAGCAGUCAACAGAACUUAGGGUUUUAAGUAUUAAAUGAGUGGAAUCCGAAGGCACAUGCCUUUGCACAUGCAUUAUGAUUCCAACACUCAAUGAGUCGAUAGUUUUAUCUUCUUUCUUUUAUUGGAUCCCCACAAAUUUUAAGUAACGCAUGCAACAACAAGAAGUCAACAUCUCAAAACUAUUAUCAUCAUUAUGCAAGCCAACAUAUUGAGUUUGCUGUCCGACCAAAACCACAAGUUUGUAACAGAGGGGGGAAACACUGGAAUGUCUACUCGAUCAAGACAUCACAUAACUAUUAGGAAUAUAAACAAAAAAAAAUCAUUUUAUGAGAGACCCUCUAUGAUUACAUUAACACAUUCACAUUCAUAAUUAAUGUGUUUUUUUUUCAGACAACAGCAGUGUUAUGAUAACAUUAAUAAAUUCAGAUGAUAUAAUAUGUGGAAGAGAUGGUCGAGACAAGGAUAUCAAGAGGGGUCCUUGAGAUGAAAAUAAAGACUGACAAUUCUGCAAAGAGACAGAAGAGAGAAAAGGCUGCCUUCUGACUUAACCCUAUACACAUAUAUAUCUUACGUGAUCAUCUGAAUACGAUCAAUUUUCCGUUGUGAAAUAUUUGCAGAGCAUUUUUUACAUCAAAAUGUUGUAGGGACCCAUUUCAUUUCACAAUGUAACUGUUAUCUUAGAGUUGUUUUUUCUUUUGUUACUAGAAAGUAAAGAUGUUAUAAUUGCAUUCUGUUGAGGCAUGGACUUAGUAUCAGCGAACGCAGUGUGUAGAAAUGAUUCUUUCUUUUUUCUUUUCAGCCAAGU